GGUGGGGCGGCCGGCAGGCGCAGGGCGGGCUGAGGCCGCCCGCGGCGCGCUGGGCGGCCGCCAGCAGGGCGGUGGAGAGGCAGCGGGCCAGGCUCUCGGAGCAGGAAGAGCUGCUGGCAGAGCUCCAGCGGCAGGCUCAGGAGAUCAAGCAGAGCAUUCUAUUCUCCAGCAGGAGGCCGACCUGGUGGAGCUGGAGCUUCAGCAGGGUGAGAUCGUGGGCAACGUGCUGGUGCCGAUCGACAGGGCAGCGCCCGCCGCCCCUAGCGCUCCAGACGUCACUACGCUCAUGGUCCGCAACAUUCCGAUGGCUGUGACGCAGAGGAAUUUGCUUGACCUCAUCGAUAGGUCUGGCUUCGCGAACCUCUAUGACCUCGCCGAUUUACCAACCGACUUCGACGCCGGGACCACGAAAGGGCACGCGUUUGUCAAUUUCGUCAACCCCAGUGACGCCUGGGAGUUCUCAGAAAUGUGGAACGGGGCGCGGCUGACUGGGGCUGGACCCGUCGCGGCCGUUCUCGAGGUCGGAGCGUCACAGCUGCAGGGCUAUAAGGAGAACGCCAGGAGGUGGAGCGCGAGCCGGCUGCGCCGCACGAGGAACCAUGAGCUCCACCCGUUCAUCGCCCAGAGGCUGGCUGCUGGGUGAAUGUUCGGUUGCACCAAUUCCUUGUUGUAGGCGACUCGGGAGGGGCGGGGGUCAAGGGCGCCGACAGGGAGAGGGUCACGAGCUCACCUCCACUGCAUCGCUCGUCUACGGGAGAAGUGCCCAGAAUAUCUCGAGGAGAUCGAUGACAUUGAUUGGGGUCGAUGUCAAGCGGUGAUCCUUUCCCUCCCUCCUGUCUGGUGCUUAUGCUGUACUCAAGACGCUCGCUGCUGCGUGGACCUCGGACAGUCGCAUUCAGAAGCAUUCACCGUGUCUCCUUGGCUGCCCGAGCUGCGCUGAGAGAUUCUGGCACUCCUGGAGGUGCCACAGGUUGGCUGGUCACUUCUCGAUUCCCAUCCUCUCGCCUGCUGCGGCGUGCUCAACUCCGCCCAUGCCUCGUUCGCCACCCCCGUCGCCGCCUGCUUCCCUCGGAGCGCUCUCCGUCCUCUCGCUUCUGCUGCCCAGCCGAGCCUUCGCCCCAGACGAGCCCAGGGCGUGGUCAGAGCUGACAGGUGUCCCGUUUGGCGGCCCACGUGCGGCGGCUCUUAUGGCUGAUGAGCCAAGGUGCGCUCCCCUGGGGGGCGCCCGAGGAGUUCGGCGGGGAG